CUGAAAGCUGGUCUAAUGACGCUAAUGAGAUCUCAUUUCCCAUUUUCAUUCACGUGCGUUCUUCUUACGUUUAUCGGUUUGUUCUGAAUCGCAGGAGAAACAUACCAAAUUAGAACGCCUUUUUGAGAAAUGAACUGGCUUAAUUUGGCUUAAACUGUUAACAGAAUGUCUAUAGGCCAUGUCGUUCUGUUUAUAUAAUGACGAAUCGAACUCUUUGAACAUGAAUUACAAAGGAAUCUUUGCUCUCGAUUAUCUUGGCCACAGGAUUUGAAUUUCUAGUUUAGCGACCGGGCCAUCGUGACAAAGUCGCCUCCAACCGCCUCAAAAAAUGCCCCGUGCCUCUCGGCGGUUGGAGGCGACUUUGUCACAAAAUUCAAAUCCUGUGGCCAAGAUCAUCGGUUACGGAUCGAGACGGAGAAAAAACGGAAAGCAAGAGCUGGAAAACCCGCGAUUCUCGGGUGGUUAAGAUAAACUUUGGAACGUUGGGAGAAAGCGAAUGGGAAGAAGAGUAAUCGACGGCUGCCAUGAGGCAAUUUUGACGAGAUUAGACUAUUUUUGUGGAAUUUUCGGAGCUUUGAGUGCGGGCCAUCGGGCCAGUGGGUCGCCCGCCUUUCGUUUUCUUUAGGGGAAGCAAACCGCUCGAAAGUAAAACUCGCCAAAAUGGCUCUAAACCACCUCCAGGAACCCAGAGGUAACCCGUUUAAUAUUCCCAGCGACAAAUCCCCAGACAAAUAGUCUGUUAUUGUUAAAUUGCACGCUGAAAACCAUACUCUGUUCAGCGGUAUCACCGCGUUUUAGGCUGCUUAAUUAAGGGGGAACCCACUCCACCACCCCACGCCCCACUUAAACUGAGUAGGAAGGAGUUAGCAAUAUACGCAGGGGAACACAAUUUUUUUUAAUUUUACCACCUUAGUUUUUCAGGAUGAACCAACAGCUCGAUGACAAAGAAAAGGUUUCUUCGAUACUAGAUGAUCAAUACUCGACAUUUCCAACAGGGAAGGAAAGCAAACAGAACACCAGUGCGCUCGUGAGCUUCCCAAAGAGAUACAUUUUGUUACUGAUGAUUUUUAUUGGUUUUGUGAAUAUCUACGCCAUGCGGGUCAACCUUAAUGUGGCUCUGGUGGCAAUGGUUAACAAUCAAACAGCGAUUAGACAAGGAGUUAAAAUAACGAAGCAAGCUGAAUUUGACUGGAAUUCUAAACUGCAAGGUCUUGUCCUUGGCGCAUUCUUUUACGGUUACUGGGUUUUACAGAUCCCAGGAGCUUGGCUUGCUAUUAAAAUUGGUGGCACACGUGUGUUUGGUUAUGGCGUUCUUUUGACAUCUUUGUUGGCUAUUCUUACUCCAAUAGCUGCCCGAUAUCACGUCAUGGCCUUAGUUGGUGUUCGAAUUUUCCAAGGUUUGUUUUUGGGGGUAACAUUCCCUUGUAACCAUGCCAUCUGGAGCAAGUGGGCUCCCCCACUGGAGCGAAGCAGUUUAAUUACCAUAUCCAUAGCAGGAUGUCCAUUUGGAAAUAUAGUCGCCAUACCACUAACAGGAGUUUUAUCCAAAUACGGCUUUGAUGGUGGUUGGCCGUCAGUGUUUUAUUGUAUAGGAUUGUCAGGUAUAGUUUGGUAUUGUGCUUGGGAGAUGAUUGUCCACGACUCACCCUUAGCUCAUCCUACUAUAUCAACAGCAGAGAAAGAUUUUAUCGAGACAAGUAUUAGAGGAUCCAGUGAUUCAGCUGAAUUUGAGCAUCUUCCGUGGUCAGACAUUUUAAGGUCACCUGCAGUGUGGGCCAUUGUAUUCGGCCACUUUGGUGCGUGCUGGGGAUAUUACACGUUAUUUACCGGCAUGCCCACUUAUUUUAAAGAUGUUCUGGAUUUUGAUAUCGAACAGACUGGAUUCUUGGCAGCCUGUCCAUACCUAUUUAAAGCCAUUCUAGGUCCCUUAGGAGGGGUGACAGCUGACGCGCUCAUAAGAUACAAAAUUUGUAAAAUUGUCACAGUACGAAAGAUUUUCUAUGCAGCAGGUUGUCUGUUAGCUGGAGUAUUUAUCGUAGCAACAGGCUACACUCAACAAAGAACGACAAGUGUGAUAUUCCUGGUGUUAGGUGUCGGAUUCUCGGGUUUAAAUGCUAUUGGUUACGCUGUCAAUCACCUGGAUAUUGGUCCGCCGUUUGCUGGCAUUCUUAUGGGGCUAACUAAUACGUUUGCAUCAACUCCUGGAUUUAUAAGCCCACAGAUAACUGGAUUUGUCACAUCAAAUAAAAAACAAGAAGAAUGGAGGAUAGUAUUUUGGAUCACCUUGAUAGUUUAUGUUACCGCUGUGUUUUUCUACACUUGGCUUUGUUCUGGUGAACGUCAACCAUGGGCAUCAGUAAAUAAACGGCAAGUAGUGGAAAAGGACACUUAGCCUCCAUCACGAAAGCAGAUCUUACUAUCAAACUUCCGAAAAUAAGCAAGAAGAGCCUGUCAUUUCUAAAGGAGUUAUAUGUGCGCAUUCUAUGGACUCAUUCCAAAGGAGUCGGCGAACAUUUCUUCCCAACACCAUAAAUAUCUUAUGAUAAAAGCUAAGUUAUUUAAGAACUGGCGAGGAGGAGAAACUGCCGAUAAGUGUCAUUUUUCUGACAGAUUCCUAACAAAACCUGGCCCAGAUUCAAAGCUGACGCUCGAAGAGGAAUUCCUUAUUGUUAUGAUGCGACUGAAAGUGGGAUUGUUUCAGAAGGAUUUAGCCCAUAGAUUUAGUAUGUCUGAAGCAACCAUAACUCGAGUAUUUACAUCAUGGAUCAACCUUACGUAUCUUGAACUCAAGGACCUUGUGUGAAUGCCUAACUGAGUCUUCAGAGAAGGCAAAGCAAUUUGGAAGGUUUCCCAGGGUUAGAUACCGUCGAGUCCGAUGAGUUGUUUCAAGAUUCAAGUUAAAGAGAAGCCUCAAUAUCCGAAGAAGUUUCUUGAGCAUAAUAUCCUCAAUAAAUGACUCAUCAGGGUUCAUUUCUCCAUUCGUCCUGACUGCCAAAAUCAUCCUCGAGAUCUUAUUCUGUCGGAGAAAGUCGACUUGGUACACUACUACUCUGCGUAACUGUUUACCCUCAAACACAGCGGAACAUUGACUGAGACAAUGAGUAGAUUUCUCCUAUCGCCACAUUAUUUUCACAGAGGAUAGUUUCCCUCUAUGUUGUCAUACAUAGAAAGGCUUCUAACUGCGGAACAAAAAUCCGAACCUCCGGCUGCGACCACCUCUCAGCGACCAGUUUUCCCAAAUACCAAAAGUUUCCCAGUCAAAUCACUACAUUUGGAACCUCUUGUAAGCGACCACCUCUCGCAAACGAACGCGACCACUUUUAAAGCUGAAAGUUUGAAAUUUUCUUUUGUUUUUAACCUUCCGUAAGCGACCACUUGAUAGAUAAUAGAGAGGAAACUAGAAAAUUUGUUGUAACAUUAUCGUAUUCCUGGAUGGUGCAAGAGACGGAAAUUUCUCAAUGGCAGGAACCGGAUUUUUUUUCUGGAAAUUGACUUUUCCCACGAAUAAAACAUUGCAUCAGCAUUGGCGCAUGGAGCAAGUCUUAGCAGUUACCAUGUGCACUUCUCGAGUUCUCAAAACUUCGAAAGUGCUUAUAUGACUCAACAAUCACAGCAGGAGGUGCAAAUUCACCAUUAAUGGACUUUCAAGGUCAAGAAACUCUGACAAAACUUUCAGCACGUUCAUUUUUGGCUCUCUUGUGAGGCUAUGCCAAACGGCAUAGCUAUUAUCAGGGCAUAACGAGAGAGGCAGUUCACCCUACAUAGCGUAACACAUAAUCACCAGGGCUGGGUUGGUCGAAAGCCGGUUAACACUAACCAGGGAUUAAAAGUUAACCGAAGUAUUAAUUUUUCUCGCAAAAAAAAUGUUUUUUACUGCUUACGUUUUGUGUAGUUUGAGCAUAAUCAAGCUCAAAACGGAAGGAAAAACAGUUUAAACAGAAAACCUUACCGAAAAGUUACAAAACUCAAAUCAAAAUUCUCGCUAAUCCUGGGUUAGCUUAAUCGGGCUUUGAACAACCCGGCCCAGACCUCAAUGCCUAUUGAAGACUAGUAAAGAGUAACCAAACCAUUUCAAGAGGCUACAUCCUGACUCGGCAAACGAGAUACUAUAUUUCAUCAUUGAUGUGCUAUCAUGACACUAACUCUGACAACAAGGCUACAAUGGCAACAGAACAAGAGGCCUGAAUACCACUGCAAUGGUUCAAAACGUUUUAUGGUAUUCAGAACCAAGAUGGUGGAUUUAUUUCUUGUUCUCUAGUUAUUUUUUUUUUACUUUCAUUUGGAUUUCCAAAGUUGUUUCAAGAAUUCAGUUGUAAGACUGACAGCUUGAAAAUCGCUAAGAAACCUAGUUGAGUGUCGAUGUCCCAUGAUCAUGAACAAAGGUGAAACAUUUAGCUCUUUAUCAACUUGAAGUUGAAAGAGACCAAUAAACCACCGUAGCGAGUC